AUGGGUUUGGAUUCAGGUUCCGACGACGAGCAAGUGAAAGUUUCCUCCAGAGAAUCCAGGAGACAGAAGAAAGUUGUCCAGUUUGAUGAGGGUGUUGAAGAUGGAGAUAAUGAUGAGAGGCCAGUAGAGAGGUCGAAGAGAAGGAGUAGUAAGAAGAGUAGUAGGUCUAAGGAUCAGACAAAGAGAAACAAGUCAUCUAACAAGAAGUUGCAAGGUGCAAGUGGUGGUUAUGCGUGGGAAGAUGAAAUCAAGAGAAGUUGGGAUCUGGUGACAGUCGAUGAAGAUGGUGAUAUGAGCGCACUUGCGGCCAGUUUAAUCGAGUCAAGAAAGAAAAGAAGUGCCUUGAAGAAUAUUACACCGUAUCAGAGAGGUAUCAUAAGAACUCUGGUUCUCGUACUAGAUUGUAGUGAAGCCAUGGCGGAGAAGGACUUGAGACCGAAUCGUCAUGCCAUGAUAGUGCAAUAUGCGAUUGAUUUCGUUCACGAGUUUUUUGACCAAAAUCCAAUUUCACAGCUGGGGAUCGUAACGAUGCGUAAUGGACUAGCGCAACUGAUUAGUCAAAUUAGUGGUAAUCCCCAGGAUCACAUCGAUGCAUUGAAGCUAAUACGAAAACAGGAGCCUAAGGGAAAUCCAUCUUUGCAAAAUGCGCUGGAAAUGUCACGAGGACUACUACUACCGGUGCCAGCUCAUUGUACUAAGGAAGUUCUGAUAGUGUUUGGUUCGCUGUCAAGCACUGACCCAGGUGAUAUUCAUCAGACUAUCAAUUCACUGGUGCAGGAGUCGAUCCGUGUCAAGGUCAUCGGUCUUUCUGCCCAAGUAGCUAUCUGCAAAGAACUUUGUAAAGCUACUAAUUAUGGUGAUGAAAGUUAUUACCAAGUCCCAUUAGAUGAAACCCAUUGCAAGGAGUUAUUCGAUCAGGCCGUCGUACCUUUACCAGUGAAUAAGAUCAAUAAAGGUUUCACCUUGGUUAGAAUGGGGUUCCCAACAAGAAUUUUCGAGGACUCUCCCACGUUCUGCGCCUGUCAUUCUCAACUCAUGUAUGGUGGAUACUUUUGUCCCAAUUGCCAAAGUAAAGUGUGCUCGCUACCGACAGUGUGUCCCUGUUGUGAUCUGAUGCUCAUCUUAUCCACGCAUUUAGCAAGAUCAUAUCAUCAUCUGAUGCCUUUGAAAACAUUCACAGAAGUACCUUCAGUUGAGGAAUUUCCUACAGAUAAUUGUUUUAGUUGUCAGAUCAGAUUCCCGACAAUUAAAAACCACAAAACUGGAGAACUACUUACAAGUUCACGUUACAGGUGUGAAAGCUGUAAGAAGGAUUUUUGCAUAGAUUGUGAUGUGUACAUUCACGAGAUACUCCAUAAUUGCCCGGGUUGUGAGUCUGAGCCGGUGAUAGUAUAA